AACGUGUGCGAAAUCGAACACCCAUGUCCUAUACUGGGUCCGUCGCAAUGUUGAGUACGCGUACGGCGUACGCCCCUGGUCCACUGAAUGACGAUGCGGUGUUGGGUUGGGGUCAUGGAGGCAGGGUUCAGGAAGCAAUGCAUUGCCGGGAAACUAAGACUAGCAUUCGGAUCUUUACUGAAUCCGGUUUGCUGUUACUUUGAUUGGUUUUUUAGUGAUCCCCCCUCCCCCUCCGCUUACAGAAGCAAACAGACAUUGUGCAACUACAAUUGAAUCUCAAAAUGAUAACAUACUCAUGCCGCUGAAUUUUUCCAUAUUGAUUUUUUCAGUUGUUUUAUUAGAAUGUGGUUGUUUGUACUCCAGGUAUUGUUGUAGAGGUCAUGUUGGUAGAACUGGUUGAUGGGAUGUUCGAAAAUCCUUGGGUAGCAGUUGGGGUCUUGGACUUCAGAGUAACCAUCCCUUACCCCUAGUCCUUCCCUGCUGCUGCCACAUAUUAGUUAUGCACUACUGCAAUAGAUAGAUGCUUAAAAUUCUGCAGCACUAUGUUUUUUUAAUUUUUAUUGAUAUACGGGAAGUGUGAAAUAAGAACCUCACUUACUAUAACUCCAUCCCACAUAAUUUAACUGUCAAUACCUUUCUUUAUUUUGAACUUAUUUUUUUCACGAGAACUUCUCAAGGACACAGUGCAGGGUGGGCUGUGAGGUACUCAGCCAUGGUUUUUCUUGAGGCAGAGAUGUCAUGGAAUGUGUUGAUCUCACCUAGGGAGCUGGACCGCAAGGGCCUCCUGCUCCGCAAGGCUAUAAUUGCGCGUCUUCUGGAGGAUGUUACCAACAGGAGGGCUUCCAAGGAGCAUGGGUACUACAUUGCCGUCAAUCAGCUGAAGGCAAUAUCUGAAGGGAAAGUGCGUGAGCUCACUGGAGAUGUUCUGUUCCCAGUCACAUUCACCUGCGUCGCGCACAAGCCUAUGAAGGGUGAAGUCAUGGUUGGAUACGUGGAUAGGAUCCUCAAGCACGGGGUGUUUCUCAAAUCUGGACCCAUCGAGAGCAUCUUCAUGGCUGAGAAGUCGAUGAAUGACUACAAGUACAUUGGCGGGGAGAACCCAAUGUUCAUGAACGACCACUCAAAGCUGGAGAAGGACACCACAGUGCGUUUCAAGGUCAUGGGGUUCCGCUGGAUGGAAGCUGACCGCCAGUUCCAGCUCCUUGCCACGAUCGCUGGAGACUUUCUUGGGCCUCUGUGAACUGGUUCCACAGAUUAGACGUGGCUCUGAUGUACAUUUCUCGUUAGACGGUUGAUGGAUGGGCGGGCGGUUGUGAUGUGCUAGAUUUAACUUUGCAGUCAGUAGUUUGCUCUGUAGCGCCAGGACAUGGCCGAUGUAUGCUUACGGCUGAUGCCGGGCCAUUUGGCACCGUGGUUUAACAUGUACUAUGAUGGUGUCGCCAA